AUGGAUGCUCCGAGGAGAGUUACCAUCAAGGAAGCGGGUGCACCGGAUUAUGUCCUUCAACCCCUUCACGUAACUCAUCCCAACUUGAAUGCGAACUUCGAAUUGAAGACCGCUUUGAUCAACCUCCUACCCAAGUUUCACGGGCUUCCCGCACAAGACCCUAUUCGACAUCUCAAGGACUUCCAUCGCAUAUGCUCGACUACUAGACGGGAAGGGUCCGAUGAAGUUGCUAUAUGGUUGUUUGCUUUCCCUUUCUCUCUUAAGGACAAGGCUAAAGAAUGGUUCUACACCCUCUCUAGUAAAGUUACCUCCGAUUGGGACUUACUUAGAAGGGGAUUCUUGGAUAAAUUCCUGCCUCCGGAAAAGAUGGAUAGGCUAAGAAAGGAAAUGUCUUGUAUUGUGCAAGCCGAAUCCAAUCAACAUAUGAGGCGAAGAGUCAACCGUCCAAGGACCGUGAAUGAGGUAUCAACUAGUAGUGAAACCACCGCUCUAACUCAAUCCUUGAAUGAGAUGACAUCCAUCUUGAGGCAACUCCAAUUGAACCAACAACAACCACAACCUCAAUCAUACCAACAACAACACCCUCCACCACAUCAACAACACAACCAACAAUUGGUCCCUCAAAGAGUAUGUGGCAUUUGCUCUUGCUACUCUCACUACACGGAUGAGUGCCCAAGCCUUCAAGAAGAUAAUACCUUGGCGGCUACCCAUAAUUUCUAUGAUCGCCCCAAUCAAGGGUACUACCAAGGCGGUAAUCCUAACCAAAGGUACUCUUAUUAA